AUGUCUACUAAAACGGAAUGGCCGUCUACUCCGGUUCCUCAGCCAGUUAAAGAUCUCAUCGCCAAGUUCAUGGAUAUUGGUGAUACCAAAUCUGAAGAGGCUGGCCAGCGACUUGGCUAUGAAGUUUUUACUUCUGAUGGACAAAUUAUUGUCAACAAACGGUCCAUUAAUGGUGGGGCGGAAAUAGCAGCAACGCACAAAGACCAGAUGGCUUCUAUCAAAGGCCGUCGUCACCGGGUCGAUAAAGUCUAUACAUGCAAUGACAAAGCAGAUGACUUGCUGCUAAUUGGCAGCGUAGAGCGGUAUUUGUAUAACGGGCAAACACUUGAAACCGAUUGGGCUGCCAGGCUUGUUAUUGACAAUGCUAGCUCUGAGCAUCCCCGAUUGAAACUGUUUAAUGCCUGGUCGGACUUCUCAGAAUUUGUAGCCGCUUUGAACAGCAAUUGA